UCACUUUAAUGUGACUCUGUUUUAACUUUCAGGCUCCGAACCACCGCGGUGCCUCCAUUAGCCCAGAUUAGGUCGGGUCAGAUCAGAUUAUAUCAGAGUAGAUUAGAGACUGACUGAAGCGAACAGCAGUUAGCCUGCGGUUGUUUUUAGCCUGAGUGAAGGAGCUCGUACAGCCGCAGUUCACACACAAACUGCCGGCAGCAGCUGAUCAGAGGAUGAUAAAGUUUGUGCUGAUGGUGAACCGGCAGGGUCAGACCAGACUGUCCAGGUAUUACCAACCUGUGGAGCUGAGCAGGAGAGCGGCGCUGGAGGCUGAUGUGGUCCGCUGCUGCCUGACCCGCAAGAAGGACCAGUGCUCAUUUGUGGAGUAUAAAGACUUUAAACUGGUCUAUCGUCAGUACGCUGCUCUGUAUAUCGUGGUCGGAGUCACAGACACAGAGAACGAGCUGUCCAUCUACGAACUGGUCCAUAACUUUGUGGAGGUUUUGGAUAAAUACUUCAGCCGAGUGGUGAGACAUUCUGACUUCAUCUUUACAGUCCAGAUGUUUUAUUGUCUGUCGAUCAACCAGCUGUGUUUUGUUUCCCAACAGAGUGAACUGGAUAUCAUGUUCAACCUGGACCGAGUUCACAUCAUCCUGGACGAGAUGAUCCAGAACGGACACAUCGUGGAGACCAACAAGAGCCGGAUCCUCGCUCCGCUCACUGCCCUCGACAAGAUGGCCGACGGCUGAGUCUCUGGACGACGUUUCUCUUGCAGGAAAUCGAUGUCACAGACUUUUCUUCAGACUGACAUCAGGACAUUAACAGACUGCAGGGAAUCAAACCAGCAACCCUGAUGAUGAUAGAGUCUGAGUUUAAACCGCUGUUUAUAAGGUGCUGACGCUCUAAUGCCAAUAAAUCAACCAGACUCCAGCAUGAAGUCAGUGUGACCAGUCUGAUGGAUGAUUUAUGGAUUCAUUUACUGAAUGUAACUGAAACAUCUGUUUAGAUUGAAGAGUGAGAUUCUGCCCCUGAGGCUGGAUUAUUAUCAGACCACUGUCCCGAGUCAGAGGAUUUAUUUAUUAACUGUAAAUAUCUGAAGGAAUCUGCCUGACAAAGUGAGAUCAGUAACAGAGAAGCUGUGUCCACAGGCUCUUUAUAUCUUUGUAUGUUAACUUCUAGACUUUAAAAGCCUGUUCACACAUUUACUCUGAGUUACUCACAGAGUAAAGAAAAUCACUGCUUUCUGUUCUUUUCUGUUACUUGAAUAAACAGUUUCCUUCUCAGUUUAAAA